CUAUAUCGGUAAAGAGAUUAUGGCGUCAUUAACCUAACUCCUCUAGAAGACUAGCCCCUUGCUCUCCCUCAACUUUUAUAGGAUUCUCAAAUUCAUGGAUGGUACAUGAAGACGAUGUCUUUUCCGCUACAAUUAGUUCAUAGGAAACUUAACCUCAUCAGUUAUAUCACUAUCAUCGUUGGCGAGUAGAGAUUACAAGAUUCAUGCCGAUCCACUUCAAUGAUCAUGAAUCCGAGAAGAAGAACAAGGACAUGGAGAUUGCAUUAUGUCUUCAUCGAUCUCACAGUUGUCAAAUUAUUACUGCAGUGUUGAAAUAAGGUUUACCAAACUCGGAGAAAAGGCAGGGAGACACACAGCGAGCGAAGGACGAAGUCCACGUUUGGUGUGCAUGAGACCGAGAAAUAUGGAGGGAGGUGAGAAGUUGCCGGCGGGAGGAGCCUUCGACGGCGCCUGGGCGGCCGAACUGAUCGCGGAGCUGAGGCGGGGCUUUGCCUCCGGGAGGACCCGGAGCUACGCGUGGAGGGCCGAGCAGCUGAAGGGCAUUGCCAGGAUGAUCGAGGAAAAAGAGGCGGAGAUCAUGACAGCCCUCCACGAUGACCUCGCCAAGCCCCAUUUGGAGUCCUUCCUUCAUGAGAUUUCAAUGGCAAAAGCAUCAUGUACAUUUGCCCUUAAAGAAAUGAAACAAUGGAUGAAACCGGAAAAGGUGCCAACAUCUAUUACAACUUUUCCAUCAUCAGCAGAAAUUAUUUCAGAGCCCUUGGGCAUCGUGCUAAUCAUUUCAUCUUGGAACUAUCCAUUCUUGCUGUCAAUUGACCCAGUAAUUGGAGCUAUAGCAGCAGGCAAUGCUGUUGCUUUGAAACCAUCAGAAGUUUCCCCAACUACAUCAUCAUUUUUUGCAAAGAUUUUACCAGCAUAUGUAGAUAAUUCUUGCAUAAAAGUCGUUGAGGGUUCCAUCCCUGAAACAACAGUACUUCUGGAGCAAAAGUGGAACAAAAUAUUCUACACAGGUAGCAGAAAUGUGGGACGCAUUGUGAUGGCUGCUGCUGCAAAGCAUCUUACACCAGUAACCUUGGAGCUUGGAGGGAAAUCUCCCGUCGUUGUGGAUUCAAAUGUCAACGUUAAAGUGGCAGCCAAGAGAAUUGCCGUAGGCAAGUGGGGAUCCAACAGUGGACAAGCUUGUAUUGCCCCUGACUAUAUUCUAACAACAAAAGCAUUCGCAAUAACACUGGUAGAAGCACUAAAGAUAACUUUGGAUAAAUUCUAUGGGAAGGAUCCACUGGAAUCAGGAGAUUUAUCUCGUCUUGUGAAUGUUAAGCAUUUCUCACGCUUGACAAAUCUCCUAAAUGACAAGAAAAUUUCUGGCACAAUCAUCUAUGGAGGCCAGCGUGACGAACAAGGCCUGAAGAUUGCUCCUACUCUCUUGUUAGAUGUUCCGCACGAUUCACUGAUAAUGGAUGAAGAAAUAUUUGGUCCUUUACUUCCAAUUAUCACAUUUGAUAAGAUAGAACAGUGCUUUGAUUUUAUCCAAUCAAAGGAAAAGCCUCUUGCAGCCUAUCUGUUCACUAAGGACAAGAAACUAGAAGAGAAAUUUGUGAAAACUGUGUCUGCAGGUGGCAUUCUCAUCAAUGAUACCGGCCUACAUUUUGCUAAUCCACAUUUGCCGUUCGGUGGUGUGGGUGAAAGUGGAAUGGGAGCUUACCAUGGGAAAUUUUCAUUCGACACGUUUAGUCACAGAAAGCCUGUACUAUCUCGCGGCUUCGCUGGUGAAGUCCGAGCUAGAUAUCCUCCAUAUACACAGCAGAAGCAGAAGAUUCUGAGGGGAUUGAUCAAUGGUAGCUUCAUUGCUCUUCUUCUGGCUUUGAUUGGAUUGCCAAGAGAUUAAGGAUUUGAUUGUGCCAAUGUAUCAUUUUGCUCCAACAUUUGAUAUUGAAAAAGUUAAAUACAUUUGAAUCCUGCAGUUCUUUCUUGUAGAUAAUUGGGUUCUCAGAACUGCUUGGAUUGAUCGAUUGAUGACUGAACUUAUGUGUGUGUUUUCUUCUUAAAAAUGUUAAUAAACUCAGUUUCCGGUUUCAUCA